UAUUGAACUUGCAUGUUUUUGUUGUGCAAAUAUACCUUUAGUUAUAAACUUGGCAUCAUAAGCUUGGUCUAUUAUGCGUGUCAGAAGGGGUAUGAAUACCUUUUCAGGCAGGGGCGGACUGACCAUUUGGAAACUCGGGCACUGCCCGAGGGCCCGGGGUCAGUAGGGGUCCCCAUGAGAUGCCCCUGGUACCUUUUUCAUAGGCUUUUCUGAGUUUGGGCAAGGACACAGGGGCCCCAUGAUCCCCUAUUGCCCAGGGGCCCCAUGA